GCGGCCGCGGUGCUCCGGACUGCGCGGGAGCCCGAUCCCUUCACCCCGUGGGCACUCGCGGGGCCGAGCCCCUGCUGCCCUUGGCCCACGCCCGCGGCGCUGCAACUUCUCGUCGAUUCGGAGCCACUGCCCGGAAUCCCUGUGCUUGUGCACCCGAAAUGGACUCAGAAAUCAAAGAAGAAAUUCCUGUGCAUGAAGAAUUUGUUUUAUGUUGUGGAGUCGAAACCCAGGUUUUAAAAUGCGGGCCCUGGACAGACCUCAUCAAUGACCAAAGUGCCACCAGGCCUAAGUUGCUGAUUUUCAUUAUUACUGGUAACCCAAGUUUCUGUGCCUUUUAUGUGCCAUACAUGAAGGCCCUGUACUCCGCAACAAACAGACGCUUUCCCAUCUGGGUCAUCAGUCAUGCUGGGCAUGCCAUGGUGCCCAAAGACAAGAAGAUUCUUACAGCCCCCGAGGAUCCAAAUGCUCAAGAAGUAAAAGAUGUCUACGGACUCCGUGGUCAAGUAGAACAUAAACUGGCUUUCCUGAGGACUCAUGUGCCCAAGGACAUGAAACUUGUGGUCAUUGGUCAUUCAAUAGGCUGCGAUAUGACCUUGAAGAUUUUGAAGCUGGCCCCUGAACUUCCAAUAAUUCGCGCCAUUCUGCUCUUUCCAACCAUUGAGCGGAUGUCUGAGUCUCCCAAUGGCAGGAUCGCCACCCCACUGCUCUGCUGGCUCCGGUAUGUGCUCUACGCUACUGGCUACCUGUUACUUAAACCUUGCCCUGAGAAAGUCAAGUCCCUGCUGUUGAACAAGGCCCUUCGAAUGCUGGACCUGGAGAAUGAGUUUACGGUCCUGAAUGUAUUGGAACCGUUCUGCCUCGCUAACGCCGCAUACCUUGGGGGCCAAGAAAUGAUGGAGGUGGUGGAGAGAGAUAACGAAACCAUAAAGGAGCAUUUACCUAAGCUUACAUUUUACUAUGGAACUAUAGAUCGUUGGUGUCCUCUCCGGUUCUAUGAAGACAUAAAGAAAGAUUUUCCUGAAGGAGAUAUUCACCUCUGUGAGAAAAAAAUACCACAUUCUUUCAUCCUCAGUAGUUACCAGGAAAUGGCUGACAUGACAGGUGACUGGCUGAAGGAGGAGCUGUCCAAAAUAUAAAAGCAGCCACAGGCAGCACGGAGGUAGCCCCUGCCUCUUCGUAGUGAGUAGUGUACGUAAUAGGUAAACGUUCAACUUUGCUAUGUGAUUUGAGAGGAGAAAAGUGAGAACCUCUUGGCUCAAAACCCAGCAGCUCUUCUGAAAGUUAAGAGAAUGACUUGUGUCAAUCAUGCCUCUAAAAAAAUUAAACUACCGGUUCCUAGGCCCCCAUGCUUCAGGCUGAAGUUAACACGCUGAAGAAGCGCUCCACAGAUUCAGAGACACACUUCCAAGACUCAGGAAACAUAGUGAGCCAAACAAAGUCUCCGCUGUUUGUGCGAGAUGCCCACUGGGACCCAGCUGGCCGUUUUGGUCGGCAAGAUCCUUGCAGGCAAAAGGAAGUAUAAAUUUAGUUGAUUUUCAUUGAGUUACGCUCUAGAAUGGAAUCUCCUGGAGGGAGUUAGGAAGACCCACUAGAAGAUGUGGAAGGUAGAUCCAUGGGUUUUAAGCGUCUGGUCAAGUGCAUGAAGCCAUGAGAAUAACACACUCGUGUUCCAGUAGCAAGAAGUGAUGCGCUGUGGAUCUCGGCAAUGGGCUCAGCUCUCCUUGGGGACAGGCCGAAGGGGACCCCAGGCUGGCUCUGCACAGGUCUCAGCUGAGAUCACAGAACUAGUCGGGGUACGGGUCCGCUGCAGCCCUGCUGCGCCACCUUGCGCGCGUCAGCCUGUCAUCUGGCCACCGCUGCCCCAGGCCCCAGCUGAGACAACGUCAGGGAAGGCCCUGCCUGCCUCCACCUGGGAGACGCCUCCCUGGGGUGUGUGCCUCUGUGAUCUUCCUGCAGGGACGGGAAGGCUUGCCACACAUUACUCGGGUCAGCUAAGCAGACAGGAGUUGUUGUGGGAGCCUGCCUCCCCUGGCAUCCCGAGACUGAGCUGCAGCCCGUGAGUGGUGAGCUCCCGCAGGCUCUUCCCCAGGCCAGGCAGAGCACCCCCCCCCCAGCCUGUACCCGCCACAUGCAGUGGCCUGUCCGUGACUUUUUUCAGUGUAACACCAUUGCCACCACCCAUGAGCCAGGUGCUGUGCUGGGCUUCGAGGGCAGAGUUCUUAGCGAUGUUGUGAUUCUCUUCUUCUGAACGCCGCCUAGUCAGUUUUGAAAGGGCAUCUUUAAUUGCUGACUAGAAAACGAUCACAAAUGACUCUCCACUCCUGAUGAGCUUUGCUACUUGGAAAGCAAUUGUUUUAUCAAUGUUAUUAAUGACCGGAACAAGCCAUUCAAUCACGUGUAUCCGUCCUCUCUGGACGCGCAAAGCCUUAGGAAGAGCUUGCUCUCUGCCCCGGAGCCACUGUGACACUCUGCAGUCCCCAGUCGACUCAGCCCUGCACCUGCCUGUGCGUCCCCCAGCUGCCAGCUGCGGGACUCCUGAGGCGCUUGGCUAUGACCCGGAUGCACCCUGAUUUCUUCUAGAACUCCCUCAGAGUGUUAUGGUUGCUUGACAACAGAGAACCCUGUGCUUCCUUUCAAAACCCAAGCCCCUGAGGAAAGAUUCAGCUUGGAGAUGCGUCAGCCCCCGGGGGAGUCCGGGGAGGCUGCAGGCCCAGCUCAGCUCGUGGCGCACAGACCUUGGCCAGUGCCAGAGCUGUCUCGGAGCCAGGGCCUGUGGCUCUGAAGCUGCCCCGGAGCGGCUAGGGGAGGCCAGCGGCAGCAUGGCGCAGUCGCACCUCCUGGGGUCAAGAACCCCCCCACCCCGGUGUACUUUUCCAUUUUCCAUUUUUCAAGUCUGCAGUUGUGACAUUGUGUCUGUGUUGGUUUUUCGGGCCUAGCAAAUGAUGAAAAGUAAAGCGAUGUUUAAGAUGCUGUCCCUCCUUUCCUGCUUAUCACCUAAGCCCAAAUAAAUUUAAAACUAAAUUUAAAAAUAAAUGUUGUAGUGGCACUUCGGACCUCGGCCCUCCUGAUCUCGGCGGUGGUGGGAAGAGGCCUCUCUGAGCAACUCUGAGUUCACUCAGGUGCAAGUCUGUCUCCUUCCUAAAUCGAAAAGCCACUGGCUCAGUGUUCCUGGGGAAGAAAGAAUCCCAUUUCAGAACUUGAGCUUCAUUCAUUUCAUUAGAAAUUAAAAGACCACGUAUUCCACGUGCAUGAUGAGGUGACGCAGUUUGCUGAGUACCGGAACUUCACCAUCUGCGAUUUUUCGGGGCCCCCUCUCCAUGCCUCCGUGGUAAGGUAGGACCAGCGAUAAAGCAGACCCCCUGUCGCUGGAAGAAUUAAACGGACUGACGGAGUCAAACCAAGCGUGGAGUACCUGACCAAGAGUGCCUUCUCAGUAAAGAUUCGCUUUAAUAAUAUUCACUGUUAAACAUCAUCAUAAUAAAAAACAAAACUCAAAUUGAUUAACAGGGGUAAAGCUCAUUUUCCAGAAGCACACUGCCCCAUUCGCUAGUCGGGCACAUGGAUCGUCCUUGGCGCAGACUGACUUGGCACGGGGUGAUUUGGCCCUGAGUGGAAAGCUGAAGCGCAGAGGCCUGCAGACACAGCCUGACCCUGGGGCCCAGCGUCCACAGUGACGGGGCCUCUCUCCAUGCCCUUCUCCCCUCUCGCUCACCCGCGCUAUUUUAACAUUGAGCGCAGGUGCCUGAGGAAGGGUCCCAGGAGGCGUGACCGUUACGCAACGCCCGGUCUGGGUCCCACGGCUGUCCGGCUUUUCUCGAACAUUGGUGGGACAGUGUGGGCAAUUUGAAUGGGGUCUGACAGGGAGUAGGGAGGGGUGUUUGCUUUCUGACUGCUGCGUGCAGAGGUGAGAAUGUCCCUCCUUGCACCACGGACACAUUAACACGUCAGGGGGCAGAGGUGUCAUGUCAUUUUACUGCCAAGUGGUUCACAGGAAAAUCUGUCCUUUGUACUGGACUGUAACUUUUUUGUAAUUUGGAGAUGAUU